UAACUCAUCCGUCAGUUUAGGAACAUAAGAAAAUUUUCACUUCUUGUGCUCGGGUCACUCGUUUGGUUCGGUUUGGUCGGUCAAGUCGGUCUUGUGAUAUCAUCUGCUUAGCUUGGUGUGUACGGGCUUUAAAUUUUUUUCCUGCUCCGGACGACUGGCGACACCUGAGAGAAACAAGCGGAACGGAGGGAAUAAAUCGAAAAAAUGGCCAAUCUAAAUAAGAUCGCCGAGGAGGAGCGUGAGUCCAAAUUCGGAUAUGUGUACGCCGUAUCCGGUCCGGUCGUCACUGCUGAACGCAUGUCCGGAUCCGCUAUGUACGAGUUGGUGCGUGUCGGUUACUACGAGCUGGUCGGUGAGAUCAUUAGGUUGGAAGGCGACAUGGCUACCAUCCAGGUUUACGAGGAAACCUCCGGCGUUACCGUCGGCGAUCCCGUGCUGCGUACCGGCAAACCCCUCUCAGUCGAACUCGGCCCCGGUAUCAUGGGUAGCAUUUUUGACGGUAUCCAGCGGCCACUGAAGGACAUUAACGAGCUAACUGACUCGAUCUACAUCCCAAAAGGUGUCAACAUUCCGUGUCUGUCACGUACCCAGAGCUGGGAUUUUAACCCGUUGAAUGUGAAGGUUGGUUCCCACAUCACCGGUGGAGAUCUGUACGGUUUGGUGCACGAGAACACACUGGUUAAGCAUAAAUUGCUGGUACCCCCACGUGCUAAGGGUACGAUUCGUCACAUUGCGGCACCUGGCAACUACACAGUGGAUGAUGUUAUCUUGGAAACGGAGUUCGAUGGAGAGAUCAACAAGUACACCAUGUUACAGGUUUGGCCCGUACGUCAACCUCGCCCGGUGACAGAAAAACUACCCGCCAAUCAUCCUCUGCUUACUGGACAGCGUGUGUUGGACUCUCUAUUCCCUUGCGUCCAGGGCGGUACCACUGCCAUUCCCGGUGCUUUCGGUUGUGGCAAAACUGUCAUCUCACAAGCUCUUUCCAAAUAUUCUAACUCGGAUGUUAUCGUCUACGUCGGCUGCGGAGAACGUGGUAACGAGAUGUCUGAGGUGUUGCGUGAUUUCCCUGAGCUGUCGGUUGAAAUUGACGGUGUCACUGAGUCUAUCAUGAAGCGUACUGCGCUGGUCGCCAACACUUCCAACAUGCCUGUUGCUGCUCGUGAAGCUUCCAUCUACACUGGUAUCACUUUGUCCGAAUACUUCCGUGAUAUGGGUUACAACGUGUCCAUGAUGGCUGAUUCGACAUCCCGUUGGGCUGAGGCUCUUCGUGAAAUCUCUGGCCGUCUCGCUGAAAUGCCUGCCGAUUCGGGUUAUCCAGCUUAUCUGGGUGCUCGUCUGGCCUCUUUCUAUGAGCGUGCCGGUCGCGUCAAGUGUCUGGGUAAUCCUGAACGCGAGGGUUCCGUUUCGAUUGUCGGUGCUGUAUCACCGCCCGGUGGUGAUUUCUCUGAUCCCGUUACAUCGGCCACACUUGGUAUCGUACAGGUGUUUUGGGGUUUGGACAAAAAGCUGGCCCAGCGCAAGCAUUUCCCAUCGAUCAAUUGGUUGAUUUCGUACAGUAAAUAUAUGCGUGCCCUGGAUGAUUUCUACGACAAAAAUUUCCCCGAGUUCGUACCACUGCGUACAAAGGUCAAGGAAAUUCUGCAGGAAGAAGAAGAUCUGUCCGAAAUCGUGCAGUUGGUCGGUAAGGCAUCGUUAGCCGAAACGGAUAAGAUUACGCUCGAGGUUGCCAAACUGUUGAAGGACGAUUUCCUCCAGCAGAAUUCAUACUCGGCGUACGAUCGUUUCUGUCCGUUCUAUAAGACCGUCGGAAUGCUGCGAAACAUUAUCGGUUUUUACGAUAUGGCUCGGCACGCCGUGGAAACUACAGCGCAGUCAGAGAACAAAAUCACCUGGAAUGUGAUCCGUGACGCGAUGGGUAACGUUUUGUACCAGCUGUCGUCGAUGAAGUUCAAGGAUCCGGUGAAAGACGGUGAAGCAAAGAUCAAAGCUGAUUUCGAUCAGCUGUAUGAAGAUCUGCAGCAAGGUUUCCGCAACCUAGAGGACUAAGCACAUACCACACGCAGCUUAUCCAAAAUGUCCAAAAUUCCUUGAAACAGUUUAAUCGUUUUCAAUAAACGUAAAAGUGUAAACAUAGUGCAAAACAACAUAGAAUCGAUUUAGAUCGACAUAAUAAAACUAGAUGAAACAAGGAGGUAUUGAAAAAAGAAGCCUGGUGGUCAACAGUAACAUCCAACCAGCCAGGUGCCAUUUUACAGGAGUAUUUAGGUUACUUACAUACACAAAUCGUGCAGAAGCUUAAAUAUUUAAUAACUGUAAAAUUUACAUACACUAACAGAAACGGCACACAACAAAAUUCACGGCAUAACAUAAACGGCUCAUAGUAUUAGGAAACAACACCCAAUCGAAAAAAAAAACAUUCUCAAUUUGUUCAUAGGCAUUUGAAACGUGGUGAUAUUAACAUCAGCAACGAUAGUUGGCAAUUAAAGGGGAUUCAACAAAUAAUAAAAGCUGCAUGCUCUCAGCUAAAAUAAACUGUGACGUCGUAUGAUAAUAACAUCUUGAAACAAUAUCUAAAUGUACCACGGGCAAAGGAGAAACUUUCGAUCAAACUAAAAACCAUCAGAUGCAACAACAAAAAAUAUUGCAUAAGAAAGAUAAUUAAUCGUAUAAACUGAGAAUGUUUUACUAUAUUUAAGAUAAUAAUGUUACAUUGAUUUAUUAUUUAGUGAAUAUAUUUUUAUCAUUAAUUUUGAAGUCAUUCUUUCCGUGUGUUUAUCGGAGACAAGGAUCGUUGAUUUAAUCAAUAACCAGAGUGGAGGUACAGUUGCACUUUGCGUUUCUAUCUGUAGUAUGACCUCUGUGUGACAUUCAUGUUGCGUGCGCGCCUUAAAACGUACAUUAAGGUCCCUUAGAUAAAAGCUGUAUAGAAAAUCAAAAAUGAAGAAUUAAACCCUCUAUGAAAGUUGCAUUCCGCGUCAAAA